AUUUGCGACAUUCAGUUAUAAAGAAUACAUUUCAGUUUGCUGGCAAAAAUUGGAGCAAUCUGAAGUGUAUUCAUUGUGAUAAUGAAGCAAAGUUUAGGUGCAGCGAUUGUGGUCCAAUGGCAAAGUAUUGUGAGAACUGUAUGUUAAAGAUGCACACAACCGUAAAUAUUUGUCAUCAUGUUGAAAUAUUUAAGGAUGGCAUGUUUUGGCCAUAUAAACUCAUGAACAUGCUGGUGUAUGAUUGUUCAUGCCAAACAGCUCGUCACAAAAGAAGUGUUUCUGUUGUUGAUGUUAAAGGCACCUUUUGUACUGUUGAGGUACAGUUUUGCUCAUGCUCUUCCGAGUUUGUUCAACUCCUGCAAUUUGGCCUUUGGGGUGGAACACCUACAAAACCAAGAAUUGCAUUUGCAAUUGAGUUUUUUGAAUUGGUUCAUUCUGUGCAGAUGGAAUGCCAGGCAUCAAUAAAAAGCAUUUGUCAGUCAUUUGAAGAGUUUAAUCAUAACCACAUAUUUUCUUCUUAUGCAACACCAAAAAUGUAUCCUGUCAUUAUAGAUGCUUUUGAAGAAUACAGAAUUUACAGACAUAAACUAAACAUGUUGAGCUGUGUUUUUCCUGAGCUUGAUGAAGGAAAUAUCUGUCCUGCUUGUCCCAAAACUGAUGGUGUGAUCUUUGAGUCUCUUGAUGCUCUUUUUAUUGGACGAAGGAAAAAGCUGGGCAGAGUAUUGGAAAACCUCUAUUUGAACAGCUGAUGUUCUAUGAUCAGACACAUGUUGAUCAAUUUGUUGCCAGUUAUACCACACCUACAUCAAACAAGGUCAAUGUAGCUUUAAUAUACUUUGUUAUUCUAAUGAAAAUUCAGGC